AUGACAGAAAUAAAAGAAGAGGUAACAUAUGCUGAAAAGUUCAAUGAAUAUGCAAAAAAGGCAGCCAAUGAUGCAAAACAGUAUUUAAAGGAGGUAAAGGAUAUAGUGGAAGAAGCAAAGAAAGUAGAAGAAAAGGUAGAUGCGUCGAUAAAAACACAUAAGGAAGAAGCAACGAAAGCUUUAGAAGAGGCAAAAAAGAUAGAAGUGCAAGCAGAAAAUGCAGAAGCAGCCGCAGCAGAAGAAGCUGAUGCAGCGGGAAUACAGCUACAAUUGGCCAAAGAGGCAGAAAAAUCAGCCCAAGAGGUAGGAAAAUCAGCCCAAGAGGCAGAAAAAUUAACCGAAGGAGCAACUGACAAGGAUAAAUUAGAAACACAAAAAAAGAAAAUAAUAUUGGUAACAGAUUCCGCUCGUGAAAGGGCGAGAUUAGCAAUAACUGAAGCAGAUAUUGUGAAAGCAAAAAAGGAAGAAGCACAAGGAGCUUUAGAAAAGGUAAAAGUAGCCGCAGCAAAAGCAGAAGCAUUAAAGGUAGCCAAAGCUGAAGCAAAAAAUGCAGAAGCAGAAGCAGUAAAAGCAGCCGAAGAGGCGAAAAAGUUAGCGGAGGAAGCAAAGAAAGAAGCAACAAAAGUAGAAACAUCCAAAGAAGCGUCAGAAGCAGCAGUUAGUGAAUCCGCAGAAGCAGAAAAAGCUGCAAAUGAAGCUAAAGAAUCUGCCAAGAAGGCGAAUGAUGCAACUACAGCAGAUGAUGCAAGAACUGAAGCAAACAAAGCAAUCGCUGCAGCGGACAAGGCAAAAAAAGCAAGGAAUAAAGCAGCAUUCCAAUAUUUGAAAUCGAAAAAUCAAGAUAUAUUAGAACCAUUGGAAAUAUCUGAACAGACAGACAAUAAUUUAAUGGAUAAUGAUGAACAGGUAAAAGAGGAAGUUCCUGAACAGGAAAGUACUCAAGAUGAAGAAACCGAAGAAGAUGACGAAGAGGAAGAAAUGGAAGAAAUGGAAGAAGGGGAUGAUGAAUUUCAGAAAAUUUUUAAGGAGAAUGAUCAGGAUGAUGGGGAUAAGGAAGAGGAUGAUGAAAAGGAACCAGGAAAAACACAUCAAAGUGAAGAAGGUAAAAAUGAAGACACAUUAGAUGACAGUAGUAUUCAUGAAUCUUAUCAGGGGAAUUACAAAAAAUAUGAAGACAUUAAAAAAGUCACAGAUGAUUUAGUAAAAUCUAUGACAGCAUUAAUUUCUGAAGAUUUCGAGGUUGGUGAGACUGUAAAAGAUUUCUUAUCAGAUAUUAAUCAGGUACUUCUGGGUUGGUAA